UACAGCUAGCAAUAAGACAUUAGCAAUCUAUAUACAUAUUACAACUGUAUUUUAUAGUCACACGCAGUUUUUAGCUGCGGCAGCCUCUUUUUUUCCGUGUCUUAGUUUCCAGCACUGCGCGACUUCGAACAUAGGUAUUUGUAAGGCGAGCGCAUUGUGUUGAUAUUGGCUAAAUUUAGGAGAUGAGCGAGGCGAUUUAAAGGGCAGUCAGUCAGCGACGAACCGUUAGAGAACGCACAGUGAAAGAAAUAGAACGCGUUCAAUAGUGAUACAGUCCUUUCAAUGAUAAGCAGCUCGUUUUGUACACGUGAUGCGCGCAGUAUCUCUCGCGACAAAUAUAUGACACAACGUGAAUCUCUCGGGCGCUGCACCAUGUCGACGCUGCGUCUUCAGCUGGACGGAAGGAUUUGGCGAUGCGUGUGCCUGCUCGUGCUCCUGCUCGUCCUCGUCGACGGCCUGUUCGUCGAGUCCGAGCCACUUCUCGUCAACACGAAAUGGGGCUUCGUCCGCGGCAAGUGGAGCAGGACGGUGCGCAAUCGGACAGUCGCGAAUUUUCUCGGGAUACCGUACGCUCUACCCCCGGUGGGCGAUUUGAGAUUCAGGAGCCCGCAACGAUGGAAUCGGACGUGGACGACAAUUCGUGACGCUACAGUCGACGGGCAAAAAUGCAUUCAAUUUGAUGCGAAAAACUCCAAAGUUAUUGGCAACGAGGACUGCCUUUAUUUGAACAUCUUCAUUCCCUUUCUAGACAAUCCGCAGAAAUCUGCGAACCUGUCGGUUUUAGUCUUCGUGCACGGGGGUGCAUUUAAGUCAGGAAGUAGCGACAGCGAACUGCUCGCGCCGGAUUAUUUGUUGGAUCAGGAUGUAAUUCUCGUCACGUUGAAUUAUCGACUUUCUGCUUUAGGAUUUUUUAGCACAAUGAACCAAGUGUCGCCGGGUAAUUACGCCAUUAAGGAUGUAAAGAUGGCCCUCGAAUGGGUGCAAGAGAAUAUCCACAAAUUCGAGGGGAAUCCCAAGUCGGUGACCCUUAUGGGGCAGAGUGCCGGUGCAACGGUGACUCAUAUUCUCGCUCUCUCAAGGAAGACCGAGGGACUCUUUCACAGAUACAUUCUGCACAGCGGCACCGCCCUAAACUCAUACAGUGUUCACCCUCCGAAAAGGUACAGACAAGUAUGUCUGAAAUUGGCGAAUCUUGCCGGCUGCCUGAAGAAAGAUAACAUAACCGCGUCGAACGAAACGACCACCGGCAAACCGAAAGUAGAAGAUAAUACUUCACAUCCGGCUUAUAAUGUGAAGGACGACGAAGAGAUAGUGAAAUGCAUGAGGACGGUCGAUGCGAGGAGAUUAGCAACGUUGACGCAGUAUUUCUCUAUUUGGAGAGGUCAUCCGUGGUGCGUCUUUGGUCCCACAUUGGAGAACAACUCGAAGGACGCUAUCCUGACGAUGCAUCCGUUGAAAAUAAUGAAGCGCGGACUGUUUCGCGAUAUACCGACGAUAAUGCAAUUCGUGAAGGACGAGGGCUUAGCGAAAUCAUUCGAAAUAUUCACAAAUCCCGAUGUCGAAGACGAACUAAGAAAGCAUUUCGAAGAAUAUUUGCCUUACUUGCUAGAAUACCACGAAUUGGCUUUCAACACUAGCCUUUUCGCUUCUAUGGUAAAGGAUUUUUAUUUCAACGGCAAUGUGACGUUGGGUUUCGGGCAUAACUUGACGGAGAUGUUGACUGAUGCCAUUAUAGCAUGGCCGCAGUUCCUAGUUGCACAAUAUCAAUCGAAACUAGGAAAAUCCAGCAUUUACUUUUCCGUCUUCGCGUACGAAGGCACGUUUUCGUCCACCUUCGGUUCGGGUAUCCCGGUUUAUUAUGGUGUUACGCAUGGCGACGAUUUAAACUACAUAUUUCCUAUAUUGAAUAAUAUGUAUAAGAAUAUGUUACUGCACAAUACGGAGCGUGAUAUUACUAUGAUUAACAUCGUGACAGAGAUGUGGGCAAAUUUCGUGAAAAACGGAAUCCCGAAAGCGUGGGCGAUUCCCACGUGGCCCGACUACCGCGAUCAUCAUCAGUUCAUGAGAUUCGGGAUUGACAGAUUGCCGGAAACUGUGGUGCAAGCCGAUUUCCUGUCCGACAGAAUGGAAUUCUGGGAGAAGCUGAUGAUCAAUGAGUUCCCGGGAUCGACGACUGAUGUGUUUGUCAGCGAACCACCGAGCGCCAAACGUGUAUACACGUAGAGCGAAUACAGGAUGGACGCAUCGCAGCAAGAUGGAACACGUACGAUUCGUUUUUUUUUUGUACUUCAAGACAUAUUCGAAGUUCGAUGCACCUUCUGGAAGCUACUUUUACCGGCGCCGAUAAAAAGUAACGAUGAUAAUAAACACGGGGGGCGAAGCUGUGUUUCGUUUACUACCUGACUACCUUAUCUCUCUCGCGGCGCGAGAACGAUACAGUUGUUAAUAGCAUCGAUAAAGUUUCGAAAGAUAACUGGAAAGUUUCGAAUUCAACUAUGUAAAUAAGUGCUCGGGAGCGAGCUCACGCUUGCCGGUGUCCCGGUUGAAAUAUUUUUAAUUAAUUAUGCGCGUUGUAUUUAAAUAACGUACCUACGUAUAAAAUUGUAUUUUAAUACGUUGAAAAUACAUGUAUUGUUUUCUCCGUUUUUCA